UGCCAAAUUCCGAAAAACUUUCACCCCAAAUACCAUUCUGUAAAAUUUCAUUGUACAAUUUGGAGUUAAAUUAAGCAUCAACGCUUUCGAAAAAAAAUUCAUUAAAAAAUGCCGUGUAUUGGUUGUGGAAAAGAUUGCAAAUGCACCCCGGAAAAGUGCAGUGAAAGCUGCAAGUGCCAAAAUCCCGGCAAAUGUGGAUGCAAUCCAUCGAAUAGCUCCUCAAGCGGAUGUUGCAAAAAGGCUGGUGACAACGCCGGAGGCGAUGCGAAGGGAAAGUGCUGCGACGAGAAAAAGUAGAAGCUAAUACCCAUUGAUGCAAGAGAAAAAAUACAUUUUCUUUCCGUUUAUUUCUCGAUGGCCAUAACUGCUAGUGAGCGGUUAUCAUUAAAUACAUUUAUUGUUUAAUCGAAACAAAA